AUGUCUAUCCAAACUGGCGGUCUACUCAAAAUCAGCACGAUUCCACUUUCUGAAAUUCGUCGUCCCAUAGCACCUGUGUUGGAUCUUCAGAAGAUCGAUGCUAUGGUGUCUACACUAAAGGGAUUGCCAGAGGCAAGCAAAACAUGUACGAAGGAAGAAGCUGCAGCGAUGGACUCUCAACUGCCACCAAUCGACGUUCUAUGUGUUCGUGAUCAAGGAAAAACUUACUACUUUGCUUUCGGUGGAUGCCAUCGGUUUCAGGCCUACGAUAGAAUCAGCCAAGAAUCUGGUAGUGAGGUGCAAGUGCGAUGCAAAUUGAUUCCAGCUACUCGAAGCCAGUUGAGCUUAUACGUAGGUAGUUCACUUGACGACAUGUUUGAUUGA